UCCAUAUCCGAUUGCACUAUCUUCCUACUGCACACAAAUCCAAUCCUAAAAUUGCAUAUAUAUACCUAUCUCUAAGCAUGUACUAAUGCACAACAAACCCAAAAAGGUUCAUAUAUUCAUACACAACAAAAGCCAAAAGGCCAAAGGAGAUAAAAGUGGAAGUGUUAGGCAGAUUCAUUAAUGGCGGAUUUGAUGGGAUCACGGGCAUACUGCUGCUUCAAGUGCCAGAACCUUGUUGCUUUCCAUGAUGAUAUUGUUUCCAAAGAUUUUCAGGCAAGUAAUGGAAGAGCUUUUCUGUUUUCUCAUGCUAUGAACAUAUUUUUGGGACCUAAAGAAGAUAGACAGCUUAUGACUGGUCUUCACACAGUUGCUGAUGUUUAUUGUUCUGAUUGUGGUGAAGAACUUGGUUGGAAAUACAUUAAAGCUUAUGAAGAAACACAGAAGUAUAAAGAAGGAAAAUGUGUGCUUGAGAAGUUCAAGAUUGUUUUAGGAAAUGGGUAGUAAUCAAAAUUGAUUUUAACCUUAAUUGUUCAUGGGAGAUAAUUGUGAAUUUUUAUUUAUUUUGUGUGUAAAUGUUGCUUGAUCAUUGAAAAAAAAAGGGUUCUUUCAACAAACUAAAAAAAAUGAUUUUAUUCCUUCAAAAAAGUUGUAAAAUAAAAAAAAAGUUGUCAAAAGAUUCUCUCCUAAUGUUAAUAGUUGAAUCAUUGAAUGAAUGGUUUGUUCAUAUUGUACAAAAGAUUCUUUUUCAAGAAAAUUACAAAUAUAAUUUAUCAGGUUUGUUCA